AUGGGCUCACUUCCCCCCUCCACCGAGACCCUCACAUUGCACCUCGCGAUCCUGAUCUGUGAGGUCCUCCCGCCGCCAGUCUCCCGCCUGCGUGGUCCCUUUGAUCAGAUCUUUCAAACCUUUUUUGAUCGUGGCGCAAAACGCCUCUCGGAGGGCUACUCCGACGAACAGUGGCCUGGGGCCGAGAAGCAGAUCAAAGUCAGAACAACGCCGUACAAUGCCACGGCCGGCCAGUUGCCCGACACGGAGGCUUUGGAAGGGCUCGAUGCGCUGGUUGUCACAGGGAGUUCGGCGGGAGCGUAUGAGGACAUUGAGUGGGUGAAGAACCUCGGGAGAUUCUUACAAGACACAUACAAGCAACAUCCCAAAGUGAAAAUCUUCGGGACCUGCUUCGGCCAUCAAAUCAUCAACCAGUCGCUAUUCUCGCACACCGGCGGCCUCCACGUCAUGAAGAAUCCACGAGGCUGGGAACUCGGCGUGUAUGAGAUCACCCUCAAUCCCAAGUUCGCCAGCUGCUUUCCUCGUCAGCUCAAGUCUCCUGCCCGCGCUUCGCCGUCGCGAAUACAGCUGCAACUCUCGCAUCAGGACACCGUGGUCGUUACUCAGAGUGCACAGUUGCCUCCCGAGUGCGUGGAAGUCGGCUCCACGGCCCUCUGUGGCAUGCAGGGCAUGUACGUGCCUAGUCGGGUGCUGACACUGCAGGCGCACCCGGAGUUUGAUCGCGAAGUCAACGGCGCGUGUAUCCGCGAGAUUGUAGGGGCGGACUGGCCGGUUGAGGAGACGAGGGAGUACUUGCGCAUGACGGACAAGGACGACGACGCCGCGCUGAUCGAAGAGGUGGUGAUGGAAUUUUUGCUUCAGGGCUCCAAGUCUUAG